AUGGAACCUGAUGUACCUCAUAUCUCGUUCACGUCUGUUUUAAAUACUAAUCCUGAUGAAGAAAAUUGGGAUGAUUCUGUAUGUUCAAUCAAGCCUGAUGAACACUCUGGAGAUAUUGCUGAGGCUUUGGCUAGGGGUGCUACUCAUCGCACUGGGGCAGAUGAGAAUUCUGCUUUAACAACUUCCACUAUUGAUGACCACCUGGGCAUUACUCCUUGCAAAGACCCAUUUAUUUCUCGUUCGGCACGCUUAUCUCAAUCCGAUUCUGAAGAUGAUUCAAUUUUAGAAGACGUUUGGAAGCAAAAGGAUCUCCACAUAAUUAGUGCAUUGACACUUCGAAGAUUAGAAAGACAGUUUGAAUGCAGGCUCAACUUGGAUCUCAGGCGUCUUCUGGUUGGCGAUGACAGAUUGCUAUCAGGAGCUAUUAAUUUUGUACAAAAUUCUCUUGGGCCGACUUUGGGUGCAGUCUUCUGUAUCCCUUUACCAAACAGCUUGCGUGAGGCAAUUGCUCAAGUAAUUAGCCAUGGAGUUAAAUCCCGAGUAAAUGAUUUUCUUGCUCCAUUUUUUUGUAAUCCUUUAUAA